UUCCGCUUUGACGUCGGCCGCUAAAAAUCAUUGUUCAUUGCUGGAUUGGAGUGUUGAAUUUAGUCGUGUAUAAAUAUCUUCUGAAUGAUACGCAGAAUUUAGCGCAAUUUUUUGAUUAAUCAACUUUCAUUUUAAAAUAGUGCAGUUUUACUUUCACGAUAUAGGCUAUGGUGCAUUCAAAUUAUUCGUCCAACGUCUGGCAUCGGAGGCCUGUUGGUAUGCGGAUGUAUGAAGUUUUUUAUGCUUCGGUGUGAUUGGUUUUGUCCUCUGACUGACAAAAGAUUCCGUGUUCUCAGAUAUUCCGGAUUUUGAUUUACGUGAGUGCGCAUUGUUACAAUUUGCCUUGCUAUCUUGACCUCAAGGCAGAAGUGCAGUGUUCAUUAUUAAAUUAUGGAUGUAAUAUCUGGAAAUGCAGUUUCAAGCUCAAAUAUUCCUUCUACCAAUGGAACAGAUCUGAGUUCUAAUGUUGGUAACACACUUGAGAAAAAUGUUAAUGACAAGCCUAAUGAUUGGAAUCAGUCACAAGUGUAUCCAUCAGGAUUUGCUUUUGGAAUGCACUCAAGUAGUCAGAAUUACCAGCAUAGUCCGACCACAUCCAAUGUCUUGAGCUCGGGCUACAAGAACUUUACAACCAGACACAAUGACUGGGCGAUGCAUGCAUCAUCAGUUUACAGUGGUAUGACACCAGGAGCAUUCCCUAUAAUGCAGACACUUCAUCCUGAUACUGCAGCAGCCAUUCAGUCAUCAUUUGAUCCUGGAGUGCUUGGAUUAGUGGCCUGCAGAAAAGGGGAAGCUCAGCAAGAUCAGUUGACAUCAAGACCUAACAGUGCCACUUUAACCAGCUCAGCCACUAGUGCCAGCACCUGGCACCAACCUGCUGAGGAUAAUGGGCCAAUUGAGAAUCAGUCUCAAUUGCCAGUGCAAAACCUGGUCACUACCAAAAUAGGCAAUAAGGGUGGCAUUCAUAAGUGCAAGAGCUGUGGAGAAGUGUUUGCUAAGAGAGAUGGCUUGCGUGCUCACCGCAGGGCAGAACAUGCAGUAGGGUCUCACAAAUGCACAGAAUGUGGGAAAGCAUUUUCACAUAGGUCACAUUUACAACAGCAUGUUCGCAUUCACACUGGUGAAAAGCUGUACAAAUGCCAAAUUUGUCACAAGGAAUUUAUUCAUAGUGGCAGCCUCUCAAAUCAUAUGAAAAGUCAUGCAGCCGAAGUUAGUGGAUCUGGAAUUCCUCAGCAGCGUACUAAUGCAGAAUUAAUUCAAGUAGAAGCAGAAAUUGAUCAAAAAGAAACAUUGGAUGCAGGCACAAGUAAUGAUACUUUUGAACAUACAGAAAUUAAAAGAAUGCCAUUUAUGUGUCACUGUGGCAAGAAAUUUGCAUGUUUUGCCAAACUUAAGCUGCAUGAAAGAACUCACACUGGUGAAAAACCAUACAAGUGUCACAUUUGUGACAGAGCAUUUGCAGAAAAGGGAAACCUGGAAAAACAUAGGCGGACUCAUACUCGUGAGACUCCCUACUUGUGUCGAGAAUGUGGUGAAACUUUUUGUCAUUCUUACCAGUUGAAGCGUCACAAAAUGAAACACUUGGGUGAUGUGAAACCAUUUGUUUGUACACAAUGUGGUCGAGGAUUCAUACAAGAAGCUAAGCUGGUGUUACAUACCCGUAUACAUACAGGGGAAAAGCCAUAUGUAUGCUCUAUCUGUGACAAACGCUUUGCAGAGAAAGGUAAUUUGCGACAGCAUGAGCGUACACACUCCAGUGAUAAACCUUACAACUGUGACCAUUGCAGCAAAAGUUUUGCUCAUGCUACAGGACUAAGAACUCACAAAAAGAGACAUAAUUUGCCAUUAUCUUUGCAAAUAAGAUCAAAGCCAAGUAACCCUCUUAUAGUAGGACCCAACAAGAAAACUUAUGUUGAUACAGCAGUGCAGACUUUCACAGUUCUUGGACCAACAGUAGAAAGAUAUGGACCAUAUGGUGAACCAUACAUUGAUAGACCACCAACAUAUGCAUACGACAAGCCUCAUGUAUUGCAGCGUCAAGAUCCUACUUCAGUUGAUCCCAGGUAUGCUUUUGUCCAUCAUGAGGCAAUGACUUCUGUAGGAUUUGAUUCCAGACCACCAUCAGUUCCAGACUCUAGUGCAUCUACCCAUGCUAGCUCAAGAGCUUUAAAUCAUGAUAGAAUUGGCAAUAAAUCUGGUCAAAUAAGACACUCAGCUGAUUCAGAGAAUAUAUCCCACAAAGUGGCUUCAAAUGCCUCGUCUGGUAACAUGGAUAACCGAGGGGUAGAUAUGCAUACAAUAGAGAGAGGAGCUGUCAACAUGCGAGCUAUGGAUAUGCGAGCUGUAGAUGUACGUAGUUCAAGUGCACUAGUGCACACAGCAGUGUCAGCAGGGAGAGAAGUCAUUUCCCGCAGUGGUUAUCUUGGAGACAUUAUGACUAACAGUGGUUUAGAACUCAGAAAUGUUCUUGCAGCUGCACAGGAAACAAUGAACAGCCGUGGUGGUGGUGGUAACUUGCGCCUUCCUGCAAGUUUUGUUCCAGAUAUGAUGUCUCUUGGAGCAAUGGAUGCUCGAUUAUCGCAUGGUAAUGUGCCAGUCAGCGGUGUAGAGUUAAGAUGUGCUCUGGGUCAGGAUAUUGCAUCGCCAGGUGUAGACUCGGUAUCUUUUAGCCCUUAAUUUUGUUUUUUCAAUUGCAUGGUGUGUAUUUACUAGAUUGCUGGCAAACUGUUUCCUUAUCAAAUCAUAUGUAAAAAAGAACAAGAGAAACAUGCAUAAAACUACAUCAGAAUAAUGAGAAUACAUAUGCGUAUAUCAUACAAUGCUUAUGAGAUGCAGAAGUUAUUUAUAACAUUUAUUUAUGGAAGGAAAUACUUGCACAAGGGCAACAGAAAUAUGCUAGUGCUUUUUUUUUUUUGCACAUGCAUAUUCCUGGUAAUUUUGAUGCCAGUAAUUUUUCCCCAUAAUUGUUCUGAUGAAUUGACAUUAUUAAUUAAGAGAACACCAAUGCAAAAUAAUAAUUUAUAUACAUUUUUGUAUAAGUUUAAGGAAGCAGCCCUGUAGUUUCAAAAAACUGUUAGAGCACAAUGCUUGGGGCAUUAGUUUACAAAAUUCAUUUUUUUGUUUAUGAUGUUUUAUGCAUUAUGAUUUUAAAGUGAUCGUUUGCAUCAUAUCUUUAAGAUGGAUCAGAAGAGAGCAUCAGGAUAUGUAUAUAUCCAUUUGCUUUCAAGCAGCCUAUACGUAUUCAUACAUGUCCACUUGCAUACAGUCAUGUAGGUAUGUUAUUUUAGGACAAAUGUAUAAAGCUUGUAUCUGAAAAGUUUAUCCAAUUACUGUAAACAUUAAGACUUGAGCCUGCCUCUGUGUGGGGAAAUGCACUCAACAAAUUUAAUUAUUACAGGAAAGUGUUUGAUAAAAUACACUUGCAUUUAUUCCUAGAAUUAGAAUAGUAGCUUAGUAAUGAAUCAGACACUAUUCUGCUUAUGCUAGCUUCAGACAUAGAGUGAUUUACAACUCAGCAUAUGCAUUUGAUGUCCAGUAGUGCAAGUGAAGCAGCUGUAUGUAAUAUGGUGAUGCAUGCCUUAUGAUGCUUACAGUAUAUCCACAUGCCUCAACAUCCCAGACUCUUGGAGUAUUUCCAGUUUUGAAAACUGCAGAUAUUUUAUUGAUAUUCCUACAAAAUGCUUUUGCCUUAGACAUUUUCAUUUGCUUGCCUGAUUGUUGUUUAUGCUAUGAAUAUAUGAACUGGAGGAGAAAGAGAAUCUUACUGAAUAGCUCAAAGUUUCCAAAGACUGGAUCAAUAAACAUCUAAUAAAGACUUUAACUUUAUUUCCUUUUAAUGCACAUUCUUUGCUUUUAUACCAUGUGACUAUUUUUUUUCUUAAGCACCCAUGUGUGUAUGGUUUGAAAAGCAGUUUCAUUAUAAAAAAUGUUUUCUUUGCUCAUUGUGUCUGCUAUUUCAUGGCCUGUCCUGUUCUUCGGGCAACAAGCUUACCUAGUGAAGUGUUGUACAUAAAUUCUUUUUAGCUGUUGCUUUAUGUGGAUUAAAAGUAUGACUAUGGCCUUCUCUUGUAACUUCAAGAAUUUUAGUCAGGAGAUAACAUUUUAAAAAUAUCUCUUCAAUUGAAUUUUAAGUCACUUUAAGUUUUGUGAAGUCACUGAGGUGCUUUUGGUGGGACAGAGAGAAAACAAUCUUGGUAAAAUCCUUGACCAUGUUACAAAUUUGUGAAAAGUUUCUUUCCUUUAACUUUGGCAUCUUUUGAAAAGAAUAUAUUAUUCAUCUGUUAAAUGGGUGUUUAUAAAUACUCACCUAUGUUCCUUUUGAUAUAACAGAAAGUCUUUUGGCAUUUGAUUUCUUUGGCUCUUGUGACAUGGAUCUACUGCACCUUAGAAGUUUUCCUGCUUUGAUAGAGAUACUAUUACUAGAAAAAAAAUGGGUUGUUUUGAAUGAUGCCUAACCAAUUCUGAGUUAAUUAAAAAAAACUUUUAUCAGUACUUUUCAGAAAACAAGCAACACAAAGAAUAUUUAAUAAUGAGGGGACAUCAUGAGAUAUACUAUAAUAAUUUAAGUGUUUUGCUAGACAUAAACUAGUUUAAAGAAGAGCACUGUUAAGGUGAUUUUCUCAUUUUGUUAUAAAGCUUAUACCACAGUUAGGGGUUUUCUUGCAUUAAAAAAAGUUAAAAUAUUGCAAGUUUGAAUAUGAUAACAUGCAACAUGCUUUGUUUAGGGUUUUUUUAAAAAAACAUGCAAUUAGCUCAUAACUGAAUGGUAACAAUUGCACCAAAUCUUAGUAGAUAUAGUAGAGUAACAUCUAUAUGAUCAAAGGCUAAACAGAGUGAAAAAUUAUUGAGUGGGUUUAGUUCAUUAAAAGAUACAGAAGAUUAAGGUUAGGAGUAAAAAAAUUCUGUUCCAUUUAUGUCAUGCAAACCUUUAAACAUUGUGCUUCUUACCUGAAUUUGGAAAGAUAUUUUGUUUGCUUAUUUUUUUUUUUGUUUGCUGUUAUAAAUGAUGGUAGGAGAAAAAAUAAACCUUAUGCUCUUGAAAAAGAUAUUCUGUAAAGUGUCAGCAACUUAGAGCUUAAUUUUGUUUUGAUAAUUGAGUUAUCCUUUACCGGAAUAAGCAGACAACCAUGAUUUUAGCUCGCAUAUUGAUGCAGAAUUGAAUUACUUCCCCACCCUUCUUUUCACUCUCUGUCUCUCUCUAGUGUUCUUCCAUCUUUCAUCUCUGUUUAACGAAUCUUUUUAUAAUUGAGGGAGGGAGGGGUAACAUUGUAAUUCAUUCUUUGUUGUUGUUUUUUUCCUGAUUGGUUUUUCUUUCAUAUGGACUUUUUCAAAAACCUUUAAUGAUUAUAUUACCAGAAACUGGAUAUCUAGCUCUUGCAUAUAAUAGAGGUGAUAUUACAAUGGAAACAUGUAUUUAGUACUCACCAUUGAAGGUAAUGUUUUUCUUAUACUGUGCUAGUGUGAUAUAAGAUCUGUUCUAUGAUGCCUGUUCUCAGAAAAAUUUAAAGAUACUAAUAAAUCAAACAUAAAGAUACAUAUUAAGACCAAUACAGUCUAUAGUAUUUAUGUGGUGUGAGCCAUUUUUUCUGAUUUUGAAAAGUUGUCUGGUUGACACUGGAAGUUUUCUUAAAUAGCAUGAGCUUGUCUAGUAUAGUGCAAGUUGCUUGAUGCAAAUGUGUCAUUGCCAUUUCCUCUUGUAGGAAAAUACAGAAGUGUAAAAUAUGUGUCAAUGGCAUGAUGGAUUACUUUCUCUCAUUCUUUAUGUGAGUGCAUGUGUUCAUGCAUGAUGGGAGUGUACAAUAUGGGCAUGAAGAGAAGCAAAAUGGUCAGAAAUUGCUUUGAAGUUCAGAUUACAGUUUUCACUGCAGGAUUUCAGUCUCAUGUGCUUUUGUUUAAUGCAUCAUGUAAGGUUGACAAUACAGAGUAAAUAAUACAAGGUCAGCAGUUGCAUUCUUAAAGCAGAAGUGAGCAAAAUCUAUCACAUUUCGUAAUCUUACUAAACAGAAUUAUUAUGAGAUUGUUUUCUGAAACUUGUACAGAUGACCUACAAAACCUACAGCUGCACCCUAAAGAAUUUUAUAUUGCUUAUGUUCAGAGCCAAAGAAAUGCUUUUUUGCAUAAAGCUGUACGUGUCUUGAAAUGAUAGUACAGUAUUAACCAUUGAGUAAAGGUAAAGAUCAUCCCCAAACCUUUUGAGGUUGUCAGGGGGGUGAGAUGUUAGAGACCACUCUUCUCGGGGCCAGCUUUACGUAAGGGCAGUGCUCAUCUCCUCUCCUUUGCUGCCUUACCUUCCCCAGACUUCUAUGGAGUCAGGUACCCAUUCCCGCCAGCUGGGUCAGCUGGAGGAAGUUUACUGUGCUAAUCGGAUAUUAAACAGUUCUGACGCCAGCGCUCUAACCGCUCAGCUAUCCACUACCAUUAACCAUUAAAUGUGUACAUAAAAUUUUAGAAAUCACAGGACAGUAUCAGAUGAAAAUCUGUGUUGAAUUUGUGUUGUCUAACAUUUAACUGCACAAGAAGUCCACUGUAAAUCCUCUAAACCACAUACACAAAAGAAUAGCUGUUGUCUUUUAAUCCUAUAGCAUGCAUAGAACUGCAUACUUUUAUUUUCUCAGAUCUUUUGUUUUGAAAUUAGCAAACAGAUGUUUCUAAAUUUAUUGUGACUAAGCACUUAGAUAUAUAGCUCAACACCCUUUGUUUAUGCUGCUGAAGUAAAUUUUGAUUAAUGUUUCAAUUUAAGUGGUUUUCGUUUUUUAGUCUAAUAUUUUUAUUGAUUCAUCCACAUACUUAUUGGGGCUAAAAGCAGAAGACAGUUUGCCAUGCUACAGGAAAUAUUGAAAUAAUCAGAUGCCAUAUGAUACACUGUCAGUCUCAAAUUUAUGCAUGGCUUUUCUUUUGCUUAGUGUGAAAACAUUUGAACAUGAUAUUCAGUUUAUUCUAGUCAACAAUAUCCUCAGAAGACUUCCAAAAAUAAGCUAUUCUUUUAACAAUUUUAGUAACAAAAAUAUACCCUUUUUAGUGCAAAUUACUUCAGUAGUUUUCUUUUUUGUGUGUGUGUGUGCACCUUGUUAAUGUUAAAAUGAAGAAAAACUGGCAGAUUAGGCACAUGGUGUUUGUAAAUUAAUAGACAUGAUAUAUUAAAAGUAUAUUUCAUAUAUAUAUUUACUUUUUUUUUUUUUUGGCAGUUUAUAUUGUAAAGCCAUGCCACUUGGACAAUAUACAUUAUGUCAAGGCAAGGCAUAUUUUGAUCGCAUGUAUUUAAAUAUUGUGAGAAAUCUCUUAGUCACAGAGGGUGCCUCAAAUGAUAAAGGAAGUUGUAUGUUAUCCUUAAAAUAAGAUUAAACUAACAGAAAUGUGAAAGAGAAAAAGUUUAAGCAGCUGUUGGUGUAUGUACACUUGUAAUUAAGACUGAAGUCUUCUUGUCAUAAUCCUUUUGUGUACUGUAGUUGUAUAGGUACCUACAUGGUCAGUUGAAAAAAUAUUUCAGCUACAUUAGAUCAUAGUGCAUAUCAAUGGACAUCGGAAACUAAAGUUGUCAAGAAAUUGUGUUAAAAGUAUAUAUUAAAUGGUUCAUGUAUUCGUACAGAAGCUUAUAGUGAUGUCUGAGUUUUCAUUAAAAAUCUUCACCUGC